AUCCUCCGAAAUUCACAAGUGGAGGCCUCGUGUUGGCACUGGCCAUUCCUGCUUCCUUUCUUUUUUUCCGCUUCCCAAUCCGUUCCCGAAUAAAAAAACCAGAGGAAAGGCGAAUCUUCUCCUCGUCUCCAUCGCUCGAGCAAAUCCCCGUUCGUCCGAGCGAGAUCAAAUCGUCGAGCAAGUACUCACUAACCUCCCCUUAUUAGUGAUUGCUUCUCUGAUUAGGGUUCUUACUACCCCGUGUGUCCGCGAAUCAGCGGGGGCGGAUGGAUGGAUUUUUGCGCAUAAUCGUAUCCUCGCGACUCGUGUCGCCGUUUCAGGGUUGGUGUCUGAUUCGCAUAGGUCUCUUCUCCCAAGCGCGACAGCGGGGUCUCGUGUAAGAUUGCUAGGGCCUCGUUUUGGGUCGACAGAUACAGGUUGCUGUGAUCGUCUGUUGAAUGGCGCAGAGAAGCUAGCCACUGGAGCUUGGGUGGUUUGAUGUGAUUGGGAUCAUCGAAGUGGUGGCUGUAAUGGAGGAGCUUGCUAUGUUUGCGACGCAGUUGGGCGACUCAUCGGAUUUUGAGGUCGAGGGCAUCCAGAACCUCACCGAGAACGAUGUCAGUGACGAGGAGAUCGAGCCCGAGGAGCUGGCACGGCGAAUGUGGAAAGACAGGGUCAGGCUCAGGAGGAUCAAGGAGAGGCAACUGAGGCUCGUUCUGCAGCAGGCUGAACUGGAGAAGUCUAGGCCGAAGCCGAUAUCUGACCAGGCCCUGCGCAAGAAGAUGUCGAGGGCGCAGGACGGGAUCCUCAAGUACAUGCUCAAGCUGAUGGAGGUGUGCAAUGCGCAUGGGUUCGUGUAUGGGAUCAUCCCAGACAAGGGGAAGCCUGUCAGUGGCGCUUCGGAUAAUAUCAGAGCUUGGUGGAAGGAGAAGGUGAAGUUUGAUAAGAAUGGGCCGGCGGCAAUCGCGAAGUACGAGUCUGAGAACUUGGUGGCUGCUGAUACCCACAGUGGUGGAAUUAAGAACCAGCGCAGCUUGAUGGAUCUCCAAGAUGCCACUCUGGGAUCGCUACUUUCAUCAUUGAUGCAGCACUGUAGCCCACCGCAGCGCAAGUACCCAUUGGAGAAGGGCACUCCGCCCCCAUGGUGGCCUUCAGGGAAUGAGGAUUGGUGGAUUGCCUUGGGCCGUCCUAGCGGUCAAAUCCCUCCUUACAAAAAACCACAUGAUCUUAAGAAGGUUUGGAAGGUUGGUGUGCUGACAGGUGUGAUCAAGCACAUGUCUCCCAACUUUGAUAAGAUCAGAAAUCAUGUACGGAAAUCAAAAUGCUUGCAGAGUAAAAUGACUGCAGAAGAGAGCCUGAUUUGGCUGGGAGUUCUGCAGAGAGAAGAAAGGCUUGUUCACAGAACAGACAAUGGUGUAUCAGAGAUUACUCACCACAGUGUGGGUGAAAGAAAUAGGGAGACACACAGCAGCAGUAAUGAGUAUGAUGUUGAUGGUUUUGAGGAUGCUUCUCUUUCUACAUCAUCUAAAGAUGAUGAACAAGAUCUGUCUCCUGUUGCACAAUCUGCUGAGGAGCAUGUCCCGAAAAGGGGGAGGGAAAGCACUUACAAUAAACGCCCUAAUCAGAUUGUUCCUAAUAAGGCAAGAACAAAAGAAACAUCAAAGAGAAAAAGAGCACGUUUCAGUUCCACUGUUAUUGAGCCUGAGGUACAAAGAAUUGAUGAUGCAUCAGAAAAUUCAAGAAAUUUGAUUCCUGAUAUGAACCGACUGGAUCAAGUUGAAAUCCCAGGCAUGGCUAAUCAGAUUGCCAGCUUCAACCAUGGGGCAAAUACAAGUGAAGCUUUUCAGCACAGAGGAGAUGCUCAAGUACAGGUCCAUCUUCCUGGUGCUGGGGUUAAUAACCUCGAUAGUGCCCAAGCUGCAAAUGCUACUCCUGUAAGCAUAUACAUGGGAGGCCAGCCUUUACCUUAUCAAAAUAGUGAUAGCGCCAGGUCAAGAUCUGGAAAUGCUUUUCUAGUGGGUGCUAAUCCUGGCUUAAAUAAUUUACCCAGCGGUUAUCAGAAUUUACCCCCGAAAAAUUCACUACCACUAUCUAUGAUGGAUCAUCAUGUGGUUCCUACGGGUAUCAGGGCACCUGCUGACAACAGUCCGUAUGGUGAUCAUAUAAUAGGCUGUGGAAAUUCAACUUCUGUUCCUGGGGACAUGCAGCCACUCAUAGAUUUUCCUUUCUAUGGUGAACAAGAUAAGUUUGUUGGCAGUUCCUUUGAGGGAUUGCCUUUAGACUACAUCAGUAUCAGUAGUCCGAUACCAGAUAUUGACGAUUUGCUACUGCAUGAUGACGAUUUAAUGGAAUACUUGGGGACAUGACAUAGGUUAGGAUGAGGUUGCUCGUGAUUGUUUUUUGUACAUUUUAUCCACCAGAAUCGCCAUCCUAACUUGAAUAUGGAAGGCUAAACUUCUCAUUUUGUCGCCAAUCUUGUCAUUUUUUGUAAAUGUAUGACAGAACUGUACAUGUGAAAGGUGAACAUGGUCUAAGUUUUAAAUAUGAUAUCUUUGGAAAUAAUAUCUAUUGAAGAAAGGACAAAAAAAAUUGUAAUUUUUUAAUCUGUGAGAUAUGAAUGUUAUGCUGCU